AUGGUGCACUAUAUAUAUGUGUAUCCAUUAUCAAAUGGGAUGUUUGUGACCUUUUGUCUUUUCUUCUACAAUUCUCUUUAUCCUUUCUUUCUCUCUAUUUCCAAAAACAAAAAACCAAAAAUGUAUGCUAUGAAAGAAGAAGAUUGUCUUCAAACGUUUCACAACUUACAAGAUUAUCAAGACCAGUUUCUUCUUCAUCACCAUCCACAAAUCCUCCCUUGGUCAUCCUUACCUUCUUUUGACCCGACCCAUUUCCCAUCUAACCCGACCCGUUAUCCUGACCCGGUCCACUACUUCAACAGAAGAGCUUCUUCUUCCUCGUCGUCCUUUGACUAUACCGACGCUUUCGUCUCUCCUCCUCCUUCUAUGGAUCAUCAUCAUCCUCAAAACCAUUUAAGGAUUUUAUCCGAAGCACUUGGACCCAUCAUGCGUCGUGGCUCGUCCUUCGGGUUUGAUGGUGAGAUGAUGGGAAAAAUGAGUGCACAAGAAGUCAUGGAUGCGAAGGCUUUAGCUGCUUCGAAAAGCCACAGUGAAGCUGAGAGAAGAAGACGAGAGAGAAUCAACACUCAUCUUGCUAAGUUGCGUAGCAUUUUACCAAACACAACCAAAACGGACAAAGCUUCGUUGCUAGCGGAAGUGAUCCAACACAUGAAGGAGUUAAAACGACAGACAUCACUGAUCACCGACACGUGUCAAGUCCCAACAGAGUCCGAUGAUCUGACGGUCGAUACUUCUUACAACGACGAAGAAGGAAACUUGGUGAUAAGAGCAUCCUUUUGCUGCGAAGACAGGACUGACCUCAUGCAUGACGUCAUCAGUGCCUUAAAGUGUCUUCGUCUCCGAACUCUAAAAGCCGAGAUCGCAACCGUAGGUGGUCGAGUCAAGAACGUCUUGUUCUUGAGCCGAGAGGUCGAUGAAGAAAGUAAUGACGCAUAUUGUAGAAACUUCGAUUGUGAUGACGUUGAGAAUGACGAUGAAGAGAAGAGGUUUAAUCGUGUGAGUUCGAUAGAAGAAGCGUUAAAGGCGGUUAUAGAGAAGUGUGUCAAUAAUAUUGAUGAAAAUAAUGAGAACAAUAACUUGGAGAAAUCAUCUUCGGGGAGUAUUAAGAGGCAAAGGACAAGUAAGAUG